AUGGCCCAUUCUUCCGUGCCCGCCGAAUUCAUGUCUGCAACAGGCGACCGGCCGGCCGCGCGCCGCGCCCCGGAUACGACAUCGUACCCGACAUCUAGAGAAACGGGCGACGUGAUCCCCGACACAAAACAGAACCCCUCGGUGAAUGGGAAAGAAUCACCAUUCGCCAAGUCAUGGGUACAUUUCGUCGCUGGCGGCGUCGGAGGAAUGACAGCAGCGACCCUCACGGCACCCCUCGACGUCCUCAAGACCCGCCUCCAGUCCGACUUCUACCAGGCCCAGCUCCGCGCCUCCCACCAGGCCCGCGCCCAGGCCGUCGGCACCCUCAGCCCCCUCCGCGCCGCCGCCUUCCACCUCCGCGAGACCUUCCAGAUCCUCGGCUCCGUCUACAAGAUGGAGGGGCCCCGCGCCCUCUUCAAGGGCCUCGGCCCCAACCUCGUCGGCGUCAUCCCCGCGAGGAGCAUCAACUUCUACACCUACGGCAACGGCAAGCGCCUCAUCGCCGAGUACGGCAACGGCGGCCAGGAGUCCGCCUGGGUCCACCUCUCGGCCGGCGUCGUCGCCGGCGUCACCACCAGCACCGCCACCAACCCCAUCUGGCUCGUCAAGACCCGCCUGCAGCUCGACAAGAACGUCGCCGAGAAGAGCGGCGGCGUCCGCCAGCGCCAGUACCGCAACAGCCUCGACUGCAUCCGCCAGGUCCUCCGCACCGAGGGCUUCACCGGCCUCUACAAGGGCAUGAGCGCCAGCUACCUCGGCGUCGCCGAGAGCACCCUCCAGUGGGUGCUGUACGAGCAGAUCAAGAACGAGCUGGCCAGGAGGGAGGAGCGCAUCGUCCGGAGCGGCCGGGAGAAGAGCUUUUGGGACCGCACCGUCGACUGGAUGGGCAACGCCGGUGCCGCGGGCGGUGCCAAGUUGGUCGCGGCCAUCUUGGCGUAUCCCCACGAGGUCGCGCGAACCAGAUUACGACAGGCGCCCCUGGCCAACGGCCAGCUCAAGUACACCGGCCUGAUCCAGUGCUUCCGCCUCGUGUGGGUCGAGGAGGGCUUCAUGGGUCUCUACGGCGGUCUCACCCCUCACCUCAUGCGUACGGUACCCAGCGCCGCCAUCAUGUUCGGCAUGUACGAGGGUAUCCUUCGCCUCUUCAACACGCCGUCCAAGACCGGCACGACCGUGUAA